CUUGUAUCAACACUUAACGUCAUUUUCAAUAUGGCGGUGCGGGUCAAAAGGUCAUAGGGGAAAACUUCCGUAUCCAUUGUAAACAAUAUGGCCGCCGUGAUAACGUUGAAAGAAAGAUGUGAAGUUCUGAACUUAAUUUGAUACAUUUUUACACGAUUUUUAUAUACUUUACCUUUUAUAUAUUUGACAUUUGAUACGAUAUUACCUUUUAUAAUGGAUACUACUGACCAAAACACUUCUUUAGAUGAUUUUUUAACCUGGAAAGUAAGUGCUUUGCGCGACUUCUUGACAAAGAGAGGUAUGACGAAAGAUGGUACAAAAAGUGAAUUGGCGGCUCUUUGCUAUUCGGCGUCUGUUUUAAAAAUUGCAGUCAUUCCAACUUCUUUUGAAAUUAUCAAAACAAAUAAACUAGACUAUCAGAACUUGCUAAAAAUAAACGGCCAAGCUUUACCAGAUCCACUACAGAUUCAUAAUAACUGGUUAGAUGAGAAAAAUGGUAUGAAAAAAUUUCCACCAGUCUACAUAUCUGACAUUGUAAAGUACUUAAGCGAAAAAAAUACAUCUGGUAAAAUGAAGGAGAUUCUCCAAGACUAUAAAAUUGGCAAGGCUUAUGAAUAUUUUAAAAAUGGAUUCUUGCAACAAAUAUUCUAUCAUGACAUUGAUGCAAGAUCCAAGAACUGUUUUCUAAGAGCAAAAUGUGUGCCUUCACAAAAAAUAAAAGAAGAAGAACAUGAUGUCUGGGUGUGUGUUGAGAAAGCAACAGGAGAAAUUGGAUCCUCAUACUGCACAUGCACAGCAGGUUUGGGAAGAACAUGUAAUCAUGUCGCUGGACUCCUUUUCCGAGUUGAGGCUGCAAACAAACUAGGUGCAUCUGCAUGUACUUCCCUCCCCUGCACAUGGAAAGUACCGUCAAGAAUAAAGGGAGUGAAGCCAACUAAAAUUAAAGAUUUGAGAAUCUUCAAGUCAAGACAUGGACAAUCAGAUAGUAAAAGACCUUUAGUUUGCCAGUCCAAGUUGCAGUACCAGCCCAUACCUGAAAGUAGAGACAACCUGGACACUUUUUCAGCAGUACUCAAGAAGUCUAUCCCAAAUGCUUGUAUUUUCAAAGGUUUUGUCACAGAAAGUGUAGAAGAAACAGUAACCAAACCAGUUAGUGAAGACAUCACAGCCUACACAAUACAAGACAUUAAAACAAAAUGUAACAACCAAACUGACUUUUUAAGCAACAUGCCAAAGUAUACUCAGAGUGAAAUUCAAAAAGUAAUGCGUUCUACGGUUGGUCAGUGCAGCAAUGAAAAAUGGCAUGAAAUAAGAUCGGGUCGUCUGACAUCAUCGAAUUUCUACGAAAUACAUACAAAAGUGCAGAGUUAUAAGAAAAAAGAGGGUGUUACUUUUGAUCCAUUAAUUUCACGACUCAUGGGAUACAAAAAGUUAAAUCCUAACAUAAGGUCUCUUAAGCAUGGGCGAGAAAUGGAACCAGAAGCCAAAUCGUGUUACCUUGUGGGUAUGAAGAAAGCAGGCCACACAGAUGUUAUUAUUACAGAAUGUGGAAUAUUUCUUGAUAAUGACAUGACUUAUCUUGGGGCUAGCCCUGAUUUACUCGUUGAUUGUGCUUGUUGUGGCUCAGGUGUUGUUGAAAUUAAAUGUCCUCUUGUUCCAAAAUGUGGAGGUGUGUACCAGGAACAACAGCAGUCCUAUAGAGGACCAAAUGGAGUUUGA